AUGACUACUACUGUCCCCAUAAUUUACUCAUUCCCUGAGUUUCUUGGAGUCGCAGAAGCAGUGGCAGACUUGAUCAUUUCAUCUCAGAAUCAAACUUUAUACAACACCACCGACCUAAAACAAAUUGCUUUAAUUAAAGCAGGCCAAGUAAAACGUCCAUCUGUCAAUAAAACAAACAGUUCACUUUCAAUUUCUCUUAAUCAGAGUCACAAUGGCAAUGGCAACGGCAAUGGAUCCACCGGCAGUAGUGGUGCCACACUAAGUGCUAGCAAUAGUCAAUCGACGGCCAACUUGAAUCCAGUUACACCAUCAGCAUCAUCAACCAACUUGGCUGCCAACAAUAAGAUCAAAAAGGAAAAGAAAAUCUUGAAGAAGCAAGAGAUUAGGUUCAAGAUUGCCAUUAGUGGUGGUUCCUUAAUUAAAAUUUUAAAUCAAGGAUUAUUAACUAGACAAGAAUUUAUUGAAUGGGAUAAAUGGGACAUCUAUUUUGCUGACGAAAGAUUAGUACCGUUUGACAGUCCCGAUUCUAAUUAUGGACAAGCCAAGUUGGAAAUAUUUGAUCAUAUAAAGGGAGAUAAACAACCACGAAUUUUUCACAUCGAUGAGUCGUUAAUUGACGACCCGCAAGAAGCUGCCGAUGAUUAUGAAAAGCAAUUGAUACAACAAUUUGCCAAAAAGGACUCGGUCAAAUUGCCCAUGUUUGAUUUAUUAUUAUUGGGUUGUGCACCCGAUGGCCAUAUUGCUUCAUUGUUCCCCAACCAUGGCGAAAGUUUGAGAGAAAAGUUGGCUUGGUGUAUACCAGUAUCAAAUGCUCCGCUGGGUCCAUCAAACAGAAUCACUUUGUCCAUACCGGUUAUAUGCCAUGCUGCCAGAGUUGCUUUUGUUGUUGAAGGAUUAACUAAAGCCCCCAUUAUCAAGACCAUAAUGGAAAGACCGGAAAAGGGAUUACCCAGCUCAAUUGUGAAUGAGGGAGCUGCUGGUAGAGUGAGUUGGUUUGUUGAUGACGCUGCAUUGAAUGAUUUAUUUGAUAUUACCAAGAAGAAGUAUAAAUAUCUAUCAAUCCCUGAACCAAUUCACUGA